UAUCUUAUUCGAUCAUUGAAUUAGCGGAAUCUUACUUAGGGCUGUGAAAGUUUCCGUUGCGUUGAUUUAACGCUAACUGAAAAUACAGUUACCGUUAAAACAACGGUAACUGUCUUUUCAGUUACCAUUGUUUUAACGCUAAUUGUGUUUCCAGUUAGUAACUAUCAGUUAGUUAACUUUGUGGUAAUUAUUUUUUAAGUAUGCAGAAAUAUCCACGCAGCAGCUUAAAAUGACUUCCAAAAUCGUUCGUUUUCCACUUAAACUGUUGAAACUUUCAUAAAUGACAUGGUUUUGAUUGGCACACACGUGCGAGUCAACUAAACUAAUCGAAAUUAUAUAACUUCGAUGUUUUAUAAUUACGAUAAGGUCUCUGAAGACCUCAGCAUCUAUAGCCAGCUUGAGAAAUCUUUUUGUUUUCUUUUCAUCAACGAAAUUAGAGUACAAAGCCAUGUCAUUUAUGGAAGUUUCAACAGUUUUAGUGGAAAACUAACGAUUUUGGAAGCCAUUUUAAGCCGCUGAGAGGAUAUUUUUGCAUACUUAAAAAAUAAUUACCUCAAAGUUAACUAACUGAUAGUUACCGUUAUUUCAACGGUAACUGAAACUAUCAGUUUUGUCUACUACUUCGGUUCAAAUCGAGAUGCCUACCAACUAUUUGUCCAGUACAUCUAUGAAGACAACUUUUAAACAAUGUAUUACAGCUCACUUUAAAGCCCGUUUAAUUACGCAUGUUUUUCGUGUAUAAGAUUCUAUUAAGAACGCCGAACUUACGGAGAAAAAGGAAUAAAUACGAUCGAACAGGCUUUUUGGAUCGACGCCCAGAAAUGAUUAAAAGUUUCAGAAAGUCUAAAAUCAACUUCUAAGGCGCAGAAAAAUUAACAGUCGAAAAAUGUGAAAACCACUGAUUAUUUUAUGAUAUAAUGAAAAAAUAUAUCAGGCCUAAAACAUUCGAGCAAACAGAAACCGAGCCAUCUUGUAAGGAAUCUCGCGCUCGUCGAAAAAUAUAAAUAAACUGAUUGAAAUCUGACUUUUAAGAGAGAUUUUUGAGAAUGACUCACGCUAACAAGAUGUUAAGAUAAAAAAAUUCGCUUUUCAUGUCGUUACACCCGAAUGUCCCUUCCAAGGGACAGUGAAUCCACAGCGCUUUUACACAAAGAAGAAUGCUACAAAAAUGUCUGCUUUGAUUUCAUUAUAAAGUGCAUCCAUACAACCAAAACUACCAACUACAAAAUUAGAAAAUAAUUUAGUAGCUACAAGUAUAGAAAAUAUCUAAAACCAAAAAAUUCAUUUUUGAACUUCAUUCAGUUUUAAAAUUCAAAAAUAUCGGAUUAAAACGGAAAUGUUUUUUUCUUAUUUCAAUCAAAAGUUAGGCUACUCUAUUGUCCUAUAUUAGUAAUAAUCUAGCUUAUGGCCUGAUGAUCCGUUCUUUGUAUAAAUCUAUUACAUCAAUGUCCCUUGGAAGGGACCGCCGUGUAUAAAGAGUUAACAGCUGGAUAACCGAACGUUCAAACGUUCAAAGUAAAUGAAUAUUCUCGAUUAGUAUGUGAUUAAUUCAAGAUAUGAUUAAAAAUAAAGAAGAUAAACUCAUACAAUCAGUUACACAAAAUUUAAAUGAAAUGACUACUGUUUCAAAUAUUCAUUAUCCAGAACCAAAAAGAAUCUCAGAUUUAAUUGUUGAUUUCGUUCUAACACUACGCGAAAAAAAUUUAUUCCCUGUAUUGUUUUUUCGGAUAGUCGUUCAUUAUGUGAAGAAAUGGCUCUAAACGUUUUCUUACAUUUUGAAAACGAAGAAGAAAAGUUAAGAACAACAGUAUACAAAACACAAAUAGAACAAAUAGAACAAAUAGAAAGUCGUUUAUCACAAAUAGAAAAAAUUAGAAAAUUAUUUAAGAAAAAAAUAUCAAAAUCAAUAAAUCAUAGUACUGAUAACGAUUAGAAGACGACAGAUGAUAAAUCAGAUGAUGAGAGUCUAGUAUUGAACAAGAUUUAUUCUAUGGAAUAUUACCCCAGUGUACAUUAGCAAAUGUACGUGAAAGUAAUAAAGAAUUAAUUGAUUCAUUACUUAAGCGCGCAUCAAAUGAAAAUCCAUUACUCGUUAAAUUAGUGAAACGUGGUAUUGCUUAUCAUCAUGGUGGCGUGAAUAACAAAGGAUGUGUAGCUGUUGAAGUAUUAUUUCGUAAUCGUUAUAUACAAAUUGUAUUCUCAACAUCAACUUUAGGUAAUAUUGUAUUUCUUGAUAUACCAUUGUCGAAAAUUCGUCAUUUAACAAUAUCAUCUAUUCCAAAUAUACGUGCUCAUUUUCCGACAUCUGUAACAUUUUUAAUACGUUUACUUCAUUUAUAUACAAAAUCGAAUGAUAAAAAUGAUGCAUACAAUCGUGCAUUAAUUGCUUUAGAAUGUGCUCUUAUCUCAUCAACAUCGAAACAAAUUUUAGUUGAUAUACAAACACGUUAUCAUUGUUUACAUACAUUAGACUUUUUAUAUCGUCUAGAUUUAAUUAACUCAAAUGGUGAACUUGUUGGAUUAGCUGGACCAUUAAUACAUUUACAUUAUUUUGAACCAUCCAAUAUUACCUGCGAUCUUUUUAGUAACCACUCAUCUGAAAGAGCGCAAAAAAUCGAACAAAUUGUUAUAUUUGUUGUCUCCAAGAACUUCCAAGAAAAUGCCUAA